CCCCUCCCCCUGAACUGUAUGAGUCCAGGCAGGGAGCUUAGUAGACUUUGGAUUUAUCUCCUUCUCCAUUCAAACCCCACUCUCUGUCUCUUCUACUAAACUGAACCACAUUCUUUGUUUGGGCAUAAUAGGGUAGAAAAUAUGCUUGAUAUAACCUGCAUUCUAAUCUUCUUCCUUAUUAUCACCUCAUUCUCUCCCUCUGCUUCAUUAAUGGCGGCUUACAACCUUACCCUUCCUGGUCAGCACCCCAAUCCCGAAGCUGUUGCCCUUCAAGUUCACAGCAUAGUAAAUGCAUCGCUUUCAAGACUGCUAUCAACAAGAAGAAAGCUAUUGUCGACAUGCGAGACCGGAAAUCCGAUCGACGAUUGCUGGCGGUGCGACACCAAUUGGCAGUUAAACCGGCAGCGGCUGGCCGACUGCGGCAUCGGGUUCGGGCAAUACGCCCUGGGCGGGAAGGGCGGGCGUUACUACGUGGUCACCGACUCAUCCGACCCGGACCCAGUCAACCCACCUCCAGGCACUCUCCGCUACGGCGUCAUCCAAGCGGAGCCGCUCUGGAUCGUCUUCGCCUCCAGCAUGCUCAUCCACCUCUCGGAGGAGCUCAUAUUCAACUCCUACAAGACCCUCGACGGCCGCGGCGCCAACGUCCACAUCACCGGCGGCGGCUGCAUAACGCUGCAGUACAUUUCCAACGUCAUCAUCCACAACAUUCACAUCCACCAUUGUUACCAGUCCGGCGAGACCAAUAUCCGGUCGAGCCCCUCUCACUUCGGCUGGCGGACCUUGUCGGACGGCGACGGGAUUUCCAUUUUCGGGUCGAGGGAUAUUUGGAUUGAUCAUUGCUCGCUCUCGCACUGCAAGGAUGGGCUGAUCGACGCCGUGAUGGGGUCCACCGGGAUAACCAUAUCUAACAACCAUUUCUCCCACCAUAAUGAGGUUAUGUUGUUGGGUCAUAGCGACGAUUACUUGCCGGAUUCCGGUAUGCAAGUCACCAUUGCGUUUAACCACUUCGGGAAGAAGCUUAUUCAGAGAAUGCCGAGGUGUAGGCGAGGGUAUAUCCAUGUAGUGAACAAUGAUUUUACGAGGUGGGAGAUGUACGCCAUUGGAGGGAGCGGCAAUCCUACCAUCAAUAGUCAAGGGAAUCGGUACAUUGCACCCUUUGACCGCAACGCCAAAGAGGUGACAAAAAGAGUGGACACAUCAGAAGAAAAGUGGAGGAACUGGAAUUGGAGGAGCGAGGGGGACGUAUUGGCAAACGGAGCCUACUUUGUAGCCUCGGGGGAGGGAGUGGAAGUUAAAUAUGAGAAAGCAUACAGUGUGGAACCCAAAUCCGCUAAUUUCCUUGACCAAAUCACCAUGAACGCCGGUGUUCUUGUUGGCAGGGGGAGUAGCAGUGGCAAGUGGACUGCUUCCGGGAAUGUCACCGGCGACGAUGAUGGGAACUACUUGAUGGCAAUUUCCGGUGACCCGGACGACUAUGACGGCGAUUACGCCGGGGGCUACAUGCUUUGCCCUAAAUCCAUUCUCUUGUAUUAUCUGCUAGCCAUGUUAACCUUAAUGUUAUUGUAGUAAGUAUUCAAGAGGGGAAGGGGAAUGGGAAAGGGAAAGGGAAAAAAACUCUUUCUUUUGCACUUCAAAGUUCCUCAAAUUUUAGUGUUGACCUUUCUAACACCA